GAUGCAAUGAAUACAACGAGUUAAGGUGUUACAGACUUAAGUGUUUGAACGCAGAACCAUGUGACUGCAUAAGUUAUUUCUGUAUUUUACUUCCUUGAUGAAUGUUUAUAAGACAGCGCGUCUCUGCGUGUGAGUGCACACCCGUCCAGAAUGGCUUCAGCUGUGUCGUUGUUGAUCUUCGUCCUUGCUUUGUGGGUCCAGCCUUCGCUUCAAUGGAGGGGAAACAGCUGUUCUUACAAAGCGCUUCACUAUGAAACACGCAGAGGACACUGUACAGCCUCGUUGUUGGUGGUGGAGGUGCUGUGGCCAUGCGUCUGUAACCGUACCAGUUUAUACCUCGCAAAGGGAAGUGCUGUGCCGGGUGGACAGACUACCAAGGAAACCAAAACUGCAACAUACCCAUCUGUGACCCCGUGUUCUUCUGGUGGAACCUGCAGGUACCCAGGAAGGUGUAAUUGCAGGCCUGGAUAUACUGGAGCGACAUGCACUGGACUCGCUUGUAACAAUGAACGACCCUGCUACCCAGGAGCCUGUCAACCGAAUGGUGGGAACGUGGUGUGCAACUGCAUGCGUGACUUCAGUGAUGACUAUUGUAAACACCUGGAUGAAAACCAAACACCUGAGGUCACACAGAUGACGGCACAGUUUUCCUACUGGGCAUAUGAUGGUGAUACAGAGAGAUCUUCGGAUUUAUAGCGGAUGCCACGGACAAGACAGAGGAGGUCGAAGUGUGGACAAACCGCCAACAACUCAACAUGCUGAACGUGACUGCCAGUGCUAUGUUUAAAGGCCAAGAACUACCAUACCCUCCUCCUUCCUACAUCAGUGAAGCCGAGGACUGGGAUUGCAAGAGCCUAUUUUCAAGCUGCGCGGACCCACUCCAGGAUCUGAAGAGGAGUUUCAAUGUGAGGAAGCCGUUGGCCCCGAGAACUGAAGAAGACGGUCCAAUGCUCGUUUACGAAAAAUUAUACCUCCCGUUUGAAAGAGGGCGAGAGGUUACAGUUGACCUUCCAUGUUUCAAGUGGUGGCUACCGAAGACUGAUCGGAUCAAGAACUGCAGCCACACAGCAUUAUACGGGCACUCAGGCUACCAG